AUGGAGAAUUUUUUCACGAAGGUUAAUGAUUCUCAAUAUAGUUCUAGUAAUGUCAAUAUCAAACGUUUUUGUCUUAUAACUGACCUCGAUUUGAGUUCACUUAAAGCCGAUCCGGGAGAAAGAAGAUCUAUUUCUGAUUAUGAUCCUCGAAUACGAGAUGAAGUAAGGAAAUAUUAUGUUGAAAAAGGGCAUUGUCAACCUAUCUUAAAACCAUAUCCUUCAAGUGAAAUAGGAGGUAGAAUGCGUCAAUUUGCUUCAAGUUGGUUUAAAGGUUCACAUUCAACUUGGUUGGAGUAUAGUGUGGAGAAAAAUGUCGCAUAUUGUCUUUGUUGUUAUUUGCUUAAAAAUGAAUUUGUUCAUGAGAUUACGGGUGAUUUUUAUGCUUCAAAGGGUUUUAGGGGCUGGAAUAAGGUUCUUGAAAGAUUUCGUUUACAUGUCGGUAAAGUUAAUAGUGUUCACCACAAAUAUUACAAUAAGAUGCUAGAUUUGUCAAAUCAUCGUCAAUCAAUUCAAGUUGUUCUUGACAAACAUUCUCAAAAG